GGGUAACAGUAUGUGGGUUACACAAAUGGGAGUUUGUGGGGUGAUGGGGGACCUGUGCGGUGUUUGAUGAUGCCUGUAAGGGACGAAGUUCCAGAAAUGGAAUUACCGAGUCGGAUGAGAAACACAAGUCAUCAAUGAAUUAACAAGCAACACAUUGUCACAUCCAGCUAUGGAAGAGUGGUUAACUCAGCUUGAUCUCCGAAGACUCUUCUGCACCCCACCCCGCCCCCAACUGCUUUCCAAAGAGAAACAGAAAAUGAUUGAGUCCCAGGAACCAGUGACAUUUGAGGAUGUGGCUGUGGACUUCACCCAGGAAGAGUGGCAGCAGCUGAAUCCUGCUCAGAAGACCCUGCAUAGGGAUGUGAUGCUGGAGACCUAUAAUCACCUGGUCUCCGUGGGGUGUUCAGGUAUAAAACCAGAUGUAAUCUUUAAGUUGGAACAUGGAGAGGACCCAUGGAUCAUAGAGAGUGAGUUGUCAAGGUGGAUCUACCCAGACAGAGUGAAAGGCCUUGAAUCUUCCCAGCAGAUCAUUUCUGGAGAACUUUUAUUUCAAAGGGAGAUACUAGAAAGAGCCCCAAAGGAUAAUUCAUUGUACUCUGUUUUAAAAAUCUAGCAUAUUGAUAAUCAGAUAGAAUAUCAAGGAAAUCAAGACAGAGUUUUGAGGCAGGUCACAGUCAUCAGCCAUGAAACAUUGACUGAUGAGACGGAUUCCAAGUAUAGUGCAUUUGGGAAAAUGUUCAAUCGGUGCACAGACCUUGCUCCUUCAAGUCAAAAAUUCCAUAAGUUUCAUUCAUGUGAAAAUAGCUUGAAGUCUAAUUCAGACUUACUAAAUUAUAACAGGAGCUAUGCAAGAAAGAACCCCACUAAGAGGUUUAGAUGUGGGAGACCACCUAGGUAUAAUGCUUCCUGUUCUGUGCCUGAGAAGGAAGGCUUCAUUCAUACUGGAAUGGAGCCCUAUGGAGAUAGUCAAUGUGAAAAAGUUCUCAGUCAUAAGCAAGCCCAUGUUCAGUAUAAGAAAGUUCAAGCCAGAGAGAAACCCAAUGUUUGUAGUAUAUGUGGGAAAGGCUUUAUCAAGAAGUCACAGCUCAUUAUACAUCAAAGAAUUCAUACUGGAGAGAAACCAUAUGUAUGUGGAGAUUGUAGGAAAGCCUUCAGUGAGAAAUCACACCUCAUUGUGCAUCAGAGGAUUCAUACUGGGGAGAAACCCUAUGAAUGUACUGAGUGUGGAAGAUCAUUCUCCCAGAAGUCACCUUUCAUGGUUCAUCAGAGAGUCAAUACUGGAGAGAAACCCUAUAAGUGUUUUGAGUGUCCAAAAGCUUUCCCCCAGAAGUCAUAUCUAAUUAUACAUCAGAGAGUUCAUACCAGAGAGAAGCCCUUUGAAUGCAGUGAAUGCGGGAAAGCCUUCUGUGAGAUAUCUCACCUUUUUAUACACCGGAUAACUCAUACUGGGGAGAAGCCCUAUGAAUGUACUGAAUGUGGGAAGACCUUCCCUCGGAAAACACAGCACAUUAUACAUCAGAUAACGCAUACUGGAGAGAAGCCCUAUAAGUGUGGUGAAUGUGGGAAAACUUUCUGCCAACAGUCCCACCUCGUAGGACAUCAAAGAAUUCAUACAGGAGAAAAACCUUAUGUAUGUACUGACUGUGGGAAGGCCUUUUUCCAGAAGUCACACCUCACUGGCCAUCAAAGACUUCAUACUGGAGAGAAACCCUAUAUGUGUACUGAAUGUGGAAAAUCCUUCUCUCAGAAAUCACCUCUUAUCAUACACCAGAGAAUUCAUACAGGGGAGAAACCUUAUCAGUGUGGCGAAUGUGGCCAAACCUUCUCCCAGAAAUCACCCCUCAUUAUUCAUCAGAGAGUUCACACAGGGGAGAAACCCUACGAGUGUACUGAGUGUGGGAGGGCCUUUUCCCUGAAGUCAAAUCUCAUUCUACAUCAGAGAGGUCAUACUGGAGAGAAACCCUAUGAAUGUAGUGAAUGUGGAAAGGCCUUCUGUGGAAAGUCUCCAUUCAUUAUACAUCAGAAAACUCAUCCUAGGGAGAAAACCCCUGAAUGUGCUGAGUCUGGGAUGACUUUUUUCUGGAAAUCACAGAUGAUUACAUAUCAGAGAAGACACACUGGGGAGAAACCCUCCAGAUGCAGUGACUGUGGGAAGGCGUUCUGCCAGCAUGUAUACUUUACUGGGCAUCAGAAUCCAUAUAGGAAAGACACCUUGUAUAUGUGCUGAUUGUGGGAAGGCCUAUUCCCAGAAGUCAGUCCUCAUUGUGCAUGGGAAAACUCACAUUGAACAGAAAUAGUGACAACUUCUCAACUGUUGAAUAGACUCAUAUGUGCCUCAGUAUAUAUGAUUACCCUUCCACAGAAUGAUCUGGUUAGGCCCUCAGAAUAUUUUCAACACCACAAAUAUGGAAUCAAUUUGCUCACCCUCAAACUAUCUCAGCCCCCUUCACAGAAUAAAUGUAUCUGGAAGAAUUAGCACUACUUUGGUGUUGUUUGGUCCUUAAAUGCUUUAUAGAA